AUGACAAACAAAGAACCAUCCAUUGGAAUUGAACUUGAGCAUGCGGAAGAUAUGCAAACGAUAGACCCAACGAAACCUCCACUGCGUGCAUAUGUGGCCGAUACAUCUGUUCAUUCUCAUAACAAAACCACCUUAGAGCGAUCACUCGUUCUAAAGUCCGACUUUUCUAUCAUCCCUCUCGCUUCCUUGAUCUAUUUCGCAGCUUACCUGGAUCGCAACAACCUAGGCAAUGCGCGUCUUAUGGGUCUGCAGGAAAGUUUGCAAAUGUCAAAUCAGCAGUAUAACAACUGUCUCAUGAUGUUUUAUAUCGGAUAUAUCAUAUUUAUGAUCCCAGCAAAUGUAUUCUUACGGGCCAUCGGUCCGCAUCGACAGCUAGGUGCUGCUGUCAUUGCCUUCGGUGUGAUGAUCUGCUGUUUGUCUGCAGCGCAAAACUAUGGCACGGUCUUGGGCAUUCGUAUACUCGUCGGUUGCUUCCAAGCCUUUAUUCAGGGCCUCGGGGUGUAUCAGUCCUUCUGGUAUAAGCGGGAUGAGGUAGCAACCCGUGCUGCCGCUUAUUAUUCGGCCGCCACGAUUUCAGGAGCCUUCAGCGGCCUCAUCGCGUACGCUGUCGACAAAAAUCUCAAAGGAGUUGGUGGGAGAGCAGGCUGGGAAUGGCUUUUCAUCAUAGAGGGAUCGAUUGCCAUUGCCGUCGGCCUUAGUACGUGGCUUCUUCUCCCUCCGUUUCCUGACCAGAUUCAAGAGGACAGGCACUGGCUCUUCACUAGAGCAGAUAUUCAACUGGCAAAGACGAGAGCAGCUUCGUACAAUACCCUUGAUGCCAAGUUUGAAUUGAAGCAGAUUCUUGCUGCUCUCAAAGAUCCCAAAACCUAUUUCUUUGCUUUUAUGAACGGCGGAGUGGCGCUUGGAAUUGCAUCAGUCAGUGUUUUUCUUCCAACGUUCAUUCGAGCAUUUGGCUACUCAAAUGAGAAGUCUCAAUUGUUCUCCGUGAUCCCAUACGCCUGCGCAACUUUGUGCAUGCUGGGCCUGGUGGUUUUAUCUGACCGCCUGAAUGUCAAGGGUAUGAUGCUCGUCUUUUGCAUUUCUAUCUCCUGUGUUGGCUAUAUAAUUCUCCUUGUCGUGAGCUCCAUACCCGCCAAGAUUUUCGCCACCUGCCUCGUCGUCUCAGGGCUAUAUCCGUCCGUUGUUCUUGGCGCCACUUGGCUCGGCAUCAAUACAGGCGGAUUUACCAAACGCGGGACCGUCUGGGCAAUUGCUGAGAUGUUCGGACAGUGCUUUUCAAUCAUGGGUACGCAUAUCUAUACUGACCCGCCGAGAUACAUCAAGGGGCAUAGCGUGCUCCUAGGCUUCUUAGCAUUUAGCAUCUUGAACAUUGUGGCAGCUUAUUUCUGGAUGAGACGUUUGAAUUCACAGAAAGAGAAGAUAAUUCGGGAAUACAAUGAUCGCGGAGAACCUCAUCCGGAUACGACGAAAUCCCUCGAGGAGGCUCAUGACAAUCAUAUCGCCUUCCGCUAUACGCUCUAG